AUGAUUCGCCACAAUUUUGCUUGGCUCUGGGCGAUUCCUGCCCUGGCUCAAGUUCAAGUUCAUAGCAUUCAUCCUCAAGGCCACAAUGAGAUCACCUAUAGCUUCAAUGUUCCCGAUAAUACUGCUAAGUCGGGCUCCGGUCCCAUAUACUUCCAGAUGAAUUCCACUCGCCAAGUGCAGUGGUUUGCCUUGGGCCAAGGAAUGCAAAUGGCAGGUGCUAACAUGUUUAUCGUGUACACGUCUGGCAACACUGUCACCGUUUCUCCGCGCUCGGGUGUCGGAGAAAUUGAGCCAUUGUACAACAAGGACGCCCAGAUCAAAAUCUUACAUGGCAGUGGUGUGUACGACGGGGUCAUCACUGCCAGUGUCCGAUGUGAUACCUGCCUGAAAUGGAAUGGAGGAAUAGAAAACGUGACCAGCUCCUCAAGUCCAUGGAUUUGGGCCGUUAAAUAUGGAGAGGCCUUGAAUUCGGUCAGUGUAUCUGAGGGUAUCACCCAACAUGAUGAUCAUGGCGUCACGACCAUCGACCUUAAAAAAGCGACGGGCGGCAACUCAGUGAAUCCCUUCGCCCAAAUGGCCCGAGCAUCCAUUUCCCCCAGCGAAGAAGAUCCGGGCUUUGCCGCCUUCCGAAGUACAGUCAAGAGGAAAAAGACGGCACAUGCUGUGCUCAUGGUUCUGGCUUUUGUGGUCAUGUUCCCCUUUUUCGCGCUCGGACUUCACAUUUUCCCGUCGAAAUGGACGGUGAACGUUCACGGAACAUUUCAGCUCCUCACUUUGGCCGUGGUUAUGGCAGGCUUUGGACUAGGUAUUUCUCUGGCACGGCAGAUUGAAUUAAUCGAUUCUUACCAUACCAUCCUGGGGAUGAUUAUUGUGCCAUGCCUUGUUCUUUUCCAGCCUGCUAUGGGCAUGCUGCAGCACACAUUCUUCAGGAAAACAGGCAGAAAAGGACCUUUUGCUUAUAUGCACCGCUGGUUUGGACGGUUGAUGAUGAUUUUGGGUAUCAUCAAUGUUGGGCUUGGGUUCAAGCUUGCGCAAGCACCACGUGGGGCGGUCAUUGCAACUAGCGUUGUUGCUGGUAUAAUUGCAAUGGUUUAUAUUGUGAUUUACCUGCAUCGCAAAUUGCUCCAUAACAAACCCACCGUUCAUGUUACCUACGAUGAGGGUAUCCAAAUUAUUCGACAAUUUCUAUUCUAUGCAUCUAAACACCCCGUCGAAGACCUUCAGGCGUUCACUCGCCAAUGGGUCCCGAGCCCACAUUGGGUGAGAACUGAGACCAUCACAAUCCCCGACGAAUUCUUGUCCUCUGCUGCAGACGCUGUCACAAAGCAGCUGGGUCCUAAGGGUGUCACACGAGUUGGAGGAGAGAAAUGGUGGCAAUGGCGCGGGCCGUCUGGAGAGCUGAAGGGAGAGUGGAUUGAGAUGCGGAACCACUACAAUCAAACGGAGGGGGCCGACAGGCAUUGUAACCGGGUGAUGCUAUAUGUCCACGGUGGGGCCUAUUUCUUUGGAAGUGUCGACACCCACCGGUAUAUGAUGCAGCGUCAUGCGCGCAAACUGAAAGGACGUGUAUUUGCGCCGGAGUAUCGACUAUCGCCGCAAUUCCCUUUCCCAUGUGGCCUUCAUGACUGCAUGGCGGCUUAUCUCUGGCUGCUCAAGUCCCACGAACCAAAAGAAAUUAUACUUGCUGGUGACUCUGCGGGUGGCGGCCUGGCUCUAUCGAUGCUGGUCAUCAUGAGAGACCAGGGCAUUCCCUUGCCGGCAGGCGCCAUCUUGAUCUCACCCUGGGUUGAUUUAACACACUCUUUCCCAAGCAUUAUUGAGGAUAACCCGGGCGAUUAUAUCCCGGCCUAUGGCUUCCGCCAUAAACCCUCGCCUGCUUGGCCUCCUCCCAAUGCCGAUGAUAUCCUGGAAAUGAAAAACCUUUCGCGCCAACCAACAGUGACAGCUGAGAAUGUUAAAAAAGCCAUUCCACAACCAAACAGCACUGCCGAAGAGACUGCUAUCCGUGGUUAUGCUAUCCAUGAGAAUACCCCACCCGCAGCCGAGCGUGCCUACCCGGGCCAGCAGCAAGCCCCGAAUCCUGCUAGUCUGCAUGCCGAACCCGACAAUAUUCAUGUUGUCUUGGACGGGAAGACAGUGGAACUGAAGGACCAAAUCCAGUUGUAUACGACGAACCAACUCAUGUCCCACCCUCUUGUUUCACCAGUCCUCCAACCCUCGCUGGGUGGCCUGCCUCCUCUACAAAUAUUGACCGGCGGCGGUGAGAUGCUUCGUGACGAGCAAUUCUACAUCGCCCACAAAGCAGCUAAUCCGACAGCAUAUCCACCCAGUGACGUAUAUCUUGAUGAAUAUGAUCCCACCCGUGAGAUUUUGAACAAGUAUGAACCAACCUAUGUACAGCUUCAGGUCUGGGACAACUUAUGCCAUGUUGCUCCCACUCUGAGCUUUACGCGACCAGCCAAGUAUAUGUUCCGCGCCAUUUCCCAGUUUGGCUCUUGGGCGUUGGCGCGUGCACAAAAUGGCGAGGUCGAGACUGUAGAUGAUAGUGCUCUAUCGGCCGCUUCGUCAAAUAGCUCGGAGGAUGAAGAUGUCCCGGGGCCUGAAACCGCGUUGAACAGUCCGCCUGGCACACCUGGGGCUUCCUGUGUCGGCAAGGCCGGGGAUCCUCUUCCAGCGUUCCAUCAAUACAUGAUACGCCAACGAAUUGAUAAACGAGGGCAUGUGUUCCCGCUAGAUCCUCCCUCUUUCUAUCCAGUGCUAAAGAUACCACCUGCUCAAAUUGGGGCAAUCAAUCCCUUGCUCAUCCGAAUGUGGUUGGACGCGAAGAAGGAAUGGGAUAUCAGAUUUGCUAAGGAGAAACUUCGAGUUCAGAGCCAACGCCUGAAAGAGCUGGCGCAUGGCUUCCAAGACUUUGAUGGCGAAUGCCCCCCCCCGAGCUCCUUGGCCGCUCGGCGAGCUGCUCCUGGCGUACUACCAAAACGACAUGCCAAGAAAAAUCACGGCAUGAUGAUGUGGAGCGGCUGGGGAAGCAGGCAUGAUGAGCGCAGGAUGGAAAUGGAGACGCGGGCCGAGGAAUCAGGCAGACGUUCCACCCGUGUCAGCACUGAUGCUGGGCAGGCUGGAGCAUGGCCCAGCACUCCGGCGACGAAUCCCCAAAUCGAGAAAACCUCAGACCAAUACCUUACCAACAACAAAUCACAAUCUAAUGGCUACACAGCAGUAAGCCCGGACAAAAAGGAAGAGUUCAGUAAUGGUGAUUCUUCUACUGAACGCACGUCCACAGAUCUAGAGACCGUCUCUCGAACUCUCUCGCAGAAAAGCGCUGGCCCAAUCCUCAUCUUGCCCGAGGUAAACAACAACAAAUUCACAGAUGAGAACGCCAGCACAAGGGCCCUUGUUCAUGCAGCAGGCUCUCUACCUAUGAAAUCCGAUCUCUCCUUAGCUCAAAGCAAAUACCGACCAGCAUCUGCCACAGGAUCAGCCACCAGCCGAAGCGAGAUGCUGUCGGACACUACUAGUACUGUUGGCGGCGACAAGGACUCAGUUGCCUAUAUGAACAUGGCAUCCGAUACCGCUAGCACCCAAGCUGUGAUUGGCGCGCGGGGUAUCAUUGCCCCAGUAACUGCUGGCGAGAAUGGCUGUCGCUCUACAGAGACUCCAUCUGUGUUCUCUGCGGCUGGUCAGGACUCCAUGUCGCACCGAUCUGAAAUCUCAGAAAGAGAAGGCUUCAAAACCGCCGACUAA